AUCCCUUCAUCUCCCCCAUCUUGUUAUCAUCCUUUCACUCUCCAGAAGAACAUUUUUUCCUUCUUUCUUUCCUUCCCCUUCCUGACAUGCUUCCAAGAACCAGCAGUAUCUUCCACUUUGAGGAGGAGGAGGAGGAAGGAGAAGGGGAAAGGGGAAAUGAGCUCAUUAAUGGAGGAAUUCUCUCGAGAAAAACAGCUGGAAAAGACCUCGUUGGCCUUCAGAUCCUCAUAUCAGAACCUGACCAGGAAGCUAAUAAUAAUGUUGUGAUCAAGUCAUCCAAGAAGAAGAUCUGCAAGAAACCAGAGAUUGUUUCUGUAGAUUUCCUCAAGUUCUGCUUCAUGUGCAGUAAGGAGCUAAGCCUUCAAAAAGAGGUUUACAUGUAUAGGGGUGAUCAAGGAUUUUGCAGCCUGGAAUGCCGGAGCAAGCAAAUUUUGCAAGAUGAGAGAAGAGAAUUCAAUGCUCCAACAAGACAGCGCUUCAGGAUGCCUAAUCGUCAUCAUAUGGGAUCCAAAAUUCAGGAAUCUAAUGGGAGGGCGAAGAUCACUGUUUCUGCUUGAAUUAACCUCAUAGGUUUUUUUUUGGGAAGCCUCUGGAAAAUAUAAUGUAACUUGAGCUUUUACUUAAACACAACUCUCCUUGGCCUAUUGGUUGAGAGCUUAGGCUUUCAAUUAAGAGGUCUACGGUUCGAGUCUUUGUGUAUGCGUUG